CUGCUGUUUCUCAGGAAACGUGCACUUCCGUCUUUUGUCGCCUCAAGCAGCACAUUUUCGUUUGCAGAGCGCUCUUGUCCUCAGCCACCUGUACGAGUGGAAGGUGCAGCAACACAGGAGCCUGGCUAUGCUCAGAAAAAAAUGCAUCUAUUUAUAGGUUCCUUAUCGUCAAACAAACAGAGCGCAAGUGCUGUUCUACCCAGCCAAGUGACUGAGCAGAGCAGAGGAGGGAGCUUUCGUUUUCUUACAAGAGAGGCGAGGAAGUGAUUUGACUACUCGUGCAGUAAGAAGUCCAGCAGCGGAGGGUUGGGAUGGAGUUUUCUGAGCACAUCAAGACCGCUAAUGUGGAGGAUGUUGUGCUCCGACAACCGCUGCACCCGCCGAGCAGAGGCACCCUGUGCAUCACCGGCCACCACCUGCUCUUCUCGGACAGGGAGGACGGCAGCAGCCGGCAGCUUUUACUGCUCCUCAGGAACAUCGAUGCCAUUGAGAAAAGGAUGUCUGGGUCUUCAGGAACGAUUACCAUCAAGUGUAAAGAUCUGCGUGUGCUCCGGCUUGAGAUCCCUGGCAUGGAGCAGUGUCUCAACAUUGCACACUCAAUCGAGACUCUGUCCUGUCUGGACAGUGUGUCGGAGAUGUAUCCUUUCUUUUACAGACCCUCUGAUGUCAGCCUGCAGGACCAGUGGGGUCCCUCGUCCCCUGAAAAGCACUUCAGUCGAAUGAAGGAACUUCAUGAUAGGUGGAGACUGAGCACCGUAAACAGAGACUUCUCCGUGUGUCCCUCUUACCCUCCAGCUGUUAUCGUACCUAAGAACAUCAGUGAUGACAUGCUCGAGAAGGUGGCCAAAUUCAGACAGGGGGGACGCUUCCCGGUCCUCUGCUACUACCACAGGAAGAACGGCAUGGUAAUCAUGCGCAGCAGUCAGCCGCUGACAGGAGCCAAUAGGAAGCGCUGCAGGGAAGAUGAGCUCCUCCUCCAGGCUGUGAUUGACGGCUCUGAUAAAGGUUAUAUUAUUGACACACGCUCCACUCAGCAGGCGCUGCAGGCCCGGAUGACAAGCGGAGGGUUUGAGUCCAAAUCAUUUUAUAGCAGCUGGAAGAGACUGCACAGACAGAUGGAGAGGGGUAAAGCACUGCAGGAGAGUCUAAUUAAGCUGGUGGAGGCCUGUGGUGACGAGGCAAAUAACAUGGACCGUUGGCUCAGUAAGCUUGAAAAUUCAAAGUGGCUGUCUCAUGUUCAAACUGCUCUGUCAACUGCUGGCCUGCUGGCAGAGUGUGUGGAGAGGGACGGUCAUUCAGUUCUGGUUCAUGGCGCUGAAGGGACAGACUCCACUUUGCUCAUCAGCACUCUGGCUCAGCUCAUCAUGGAUCCAUGCUGCCGCACACUGGAGGGCUUCCUGGCUCUGCUGGAGAGAGAGUGGGUACAGGCAGGACACCCAUUCCGGCAGCGAUGUGCCCACUCAGCCUACUCCCAUGCCCGCCUCCAGCAGGAGUCCCCGGUCUUCCUGCUGUUGCUGGACUGUGUGUGGCAGCUGUGGCGUCAGUUCCCCCUGGCACUGGGCUUCUCUGAGGCGCUGCUGCUGAGGCUGGCCACUGAGGCCUAUGCAUCUAACUAUGGCACCUUCCUGUGUAACAGCCAGCAGGAGAGGUGGGCUCUAGGAGUGAAGAAGAACACUCACUGUUUGUUUCAGGCCCUGUUGAGGCAGAAGGAAAGAGACUGCUACUCUAACCCUCUGUAUGAGCCCACUGAGUUAGCAAUCUGGCCCUCAGUCCACCCUCAGUCCCUGCAGCUUUGGAGAGGCUUUUUUCUGAGGUGGACCCCGCAGGCUCGUCACCUUGAAGAGGCUCAGGAGGAAAUAAGGAACAUGGUGAUUGAAUGGGGGAAGCUGGCGCUUAGCUGAUGCCCUGUCAGUACAUGAAGGAGUGAAUAUAUUCUGCCUAAACAUGUAAAACAUGUAAGGAGGGAUAUUACCAAUGUGCAAUGACUUUUGACUGUGGAAUUGUUACUUAAGAAAACCUUUUGUGUUUUGAUGUACACUAUUUUUUUAAUUAUUCCAUAAAAAAUGUAAAGGAAAAAACAUGCUUGUUUUAA